AUCAGUUUAACUCAAUUCGUCUAUGUUCACUUGUAUUUUUAUUUUAUUUUUUCCUUUACCGGAAGUCAAUUUGUUUAACCGGAAGUAGUUGCGAAGGAGGCAAAACAAAAAUGGGAGUAACUUGUGUUUGUCAGGUGCCCAUAGCGGAGGGCAAGAGUGUGCAGCAGACCGUGGACGUCCUGCAAAAAAAGCUGGAGCAGCUCGGUUCUGUGAAACAAGGCAGCUUCUGCGUGGAUUGUGAGACAUACCACGCCACGGGAAACGUUGUCGGUCAGCCCUCCAAGCUCUUAUACGUGAUGCAUAACUCUGAAACCCCUCUGAGCUGCAUGGCCCUAUUCGAAGGAGGACCCUACUUAGUAGCUGAUGCUAACUUUGACGUCCUCAUGUCCAAGUUAAAAAGUCAUUUCCAGAACGCCAAGGGACACAAGGUGGAGAGUCGAGGCUCCCGCUACCGAUACUGUGACUUUUUGAUAAAGGUGGGCACUGUGACGAUGAGCUCCAGCGCCAGAGGCAUUUCAGUGGAGGUGGAGUACUGCCCCUGUGUGGUUCCUGGGGACUGCUGGAACCUCAUGAAGGAGUUCAUGCAGUCUUUUCUUGGCACCAGCGUUCCCGAACUUCCAUCUGUGUUUGCUGCUAAACCCGAAGGGCUUUUUGCAGCAGCGGACUGUGUUGACACCAUGACGCAGUACUUGGAGUUGUUCAACAAACUUCGUAAACUGCAGAUCCCAGGGAGUAAUGUACGUUAGGUCAGGAAAGCAAACUGGCCUUUUUGUAUUUUAUUUUCUUUUGGGGGGGGGGGGG